AUGUUUUGGAUAUUUUAUAUAUUAAGAUUAGUCUAAUCAGCCUGUUCGUACACCAAUUUUGAUUCGUUCUAGUUGAAUAGCGACAGCUUUUAUCAAGAAAAGAGUUAUGUAAGAGGAAAUCCAUACGCAUUUGGUGUAUGGACACAAUUUGCUCCAAUUAGGAAAAAUUUCUUUGCAGACAAAUCAAAACCUUAUUUUGAUUCUACCCUUAGUCUUGAUGGGUUUCAUAUCCUUAAUUUUUAAAGCGGAGGAAACAUUCAAACAUUAUUCUAUUAAUAGCCACUUUAUGUUACAGGAUACCCAACACUAAUAAUUCUGUAAUAUACUUAAUCUGGAGUGUUUUCCUAUAAGAUUCAGGAAGGACUCUAUUAUUAUGAAGGAUAUUGGGUUUUUACUUAUUUUAGUUUUAACUACGAUAACAAAUACAACUUUGCAUCAUACAGUACAGGGGAUGAUCGUUUUUUUAAUUUUUUGGUCACAAAUAGAAGAUUAAAAACAUAAACAACAAAUGCUAAAUUAGAAUAUGGAGGUUAGGGAUUAUACAUCAUAGGAACUAGUAGUUUCAAUCUAAAUAUAUUUUUGGGUAGGAUUUCGAUAAUUACUACAUUUGAAAGUUCCAUUACUUUUUUCUUAAAUACAGAUAAAGCAAAAUUUCUUUCGUUUAUUUUAUCAUGCCUUGUUCCUCCAGCAUGUUAAAGUCCUGUUGAAUUAUCUUUUUUUCAUGAAACCUAUAAUUAACGUAAUUAUACUGCUCGCAAUUAUCAAGUGGAUAUAAAAGGGUUAACUUAUAUGUUUGAUUUUUGGAUGAAGAGAGAUUCUUAUAAAGUAAAUUCAAAUAAAGAAAUCUUGUUAUCUUUUGGAGGUAUUUUUUAAUCUUUAGAACGAUUUUACUAAUUAGCAAUAUAUUGGAGAGUAGUAAAUCAAGAUGUUACAUUGCUUCACAACUUAGAUGUUUAUUAUUUAGUACCUGGAGAAUAAAUAACAUAGUAUAAUGAUGAUUAUCUUGUGUAAUUAUUUAAGCCGAAAACAAGCUUCGAAUAAUGGAGCUACAUAAAAUAUUAAUUUUAAAAGGUUGGAGCGUAUCAAUAUGUAUACUGUUCACUCUACUAAUCUUGUUGUGAUACAUGGGAGUAAUAUUAUGUGCUUAAUUUUCCCUAUUACCAAUAAUAUUCUAAUUAUCAGGCCACAAUAACAUUAUUCACAGAAUAAAAUGAUGUACUCAUAUUGCCCUUUGAAGGAUUGAUUUCAAAUUUAAGAUUUAAAUACUGUUACAAUAUAGAAUAUGAAUUUGGAAAAGAUUCAAACAUAAGUAUAUAUAAUAUUGUAAUUAUAGAUUGUAAUGCGCUGUGUAAAACUUGUACAGGGCCUACCAAAUAUGAUUGCGCAUCAUGUUAUGAUGAAUAAAAUAGAUACUUGUUAUCUGAUCUUCAUUAAUGUUAUUGUAAAUCUAAUUACCAGGAAGCAGGUGGUUUAAUAUGCCAAAGUAAUGUAUUUUUAAUGAUUUAGAAACUUUUUUAAGUUCUAUUUCCUAGUAAAAAGAGUUGUAUAAAGAGUUCAACUUGAUCGAUGUAUAGAAUAAUAACAAGUGUAAUUAUGGCUAUUUUGAAGUAUGGAAGGAUUUGAAAUUCUUGGGAUGCAUCAAAUGGUAUUUAUACUCUUAAUUUUGAAGCCCAUAUUUUGGCCAAGGUCAUAAUUCAGUGAAUUGCAUUAAUUGUAUACUUAAUUCUCAAAAUUGGUAUUUAAACCCAAUUUGUAAUAUUGAUUACAGAACUGAUGACUCUAAAUUCUAUUACAAUCAAUAAUUAGACUAUCAAUCCUAAGAAAUAUAUAUUAUCAAUAUUGAUUUGAUGAUCACAGAAUAGUGUCAUGGAUGUGAAUAUAUUGCUGAAAUAAAAAAUUCAUAAUCCAUUAUUAAGAAUGUGAAUGGAUUAAAUACCUAUUAUCAAUGCAAAUAGUAUUUAUAUCCUAAGAAUAAUAAUUGUGAGUUAUGUGUAAUAAAUUGCAUGAAGUGCAAAGAUACAGAAAAGUGUUUAGAUUGUAAUCAAGGGUUUUAUAUAAAAGAUGAUCAUUGCUAUUAAUGUCCUUAAAGGUGUCUGUCAUGUAGUUUAGAUGCAGAAUUAGAGUAAGUAAAAUGUUUAGAUUGUGAACAAGGAUACUCGUUAAUUGAUGAUAAUUGUUAAAAAUGUGGAGACCUUUGUGAAAUUUGUGAAAAACGGUUGAAUGGAAAUACUGGAUAAGAAUAUAUGAAGUGCUUAAAAUGUAAUUAUAAUGCUUAUAUAUCUCUUGAUGGAGAAAGCUGUUACUUAAAUAAUUUAGAUCAUUGUAUAUAUCCUUUUCAAUUUUCAAUUUUAUCCAGUUCUAUAAAUACUUAUUUGUAUGAUUUUCAACCUUAAGAAUCUCAAUAUAUUAGAACUGGUUGUACAUUCUGUACAUCUAUCUCUUAAUUAAAUACUGAAAAUAAUUCGUUUACUUGUAUUCCUUAAGGAUCUGAUGAAAUUCUAAGUGGAUGCUAUUAAGCAGUCCGUGAUUCUGGUUCCCUAUAUUGCUACCUUGGUACUACCCGUAGAAUGGACUUUGGAUUUGGAUUCUGUAAUCAAUUCAUUCCAAACUGUCUUGUUUGUUUCAGAUUAGAUUGGGAAUAUUCAGGUAUCUGCUUUUUAUGCGAAGAUGGUUAUUAUAAUGAUUAUUAUAAAAGUUUUUGCAAGCCAUGCAAUCCAGAAUGUGCUACUUGCAUUUAAGUUGAUUCUUCAAAAAUGGUAAAGUCAGCAAAUGAACGUGUUUUUUAUAAUUUAAGGCCUAUUAAAGGAAAUGCAGAAUAUUACUUGUUGACUCAAAACCCCAAUAAGAAUGAAAUUGAGAUUAUAUGCACUAACUGUUCAGAUGGCUAUGUUAAGCAUUUUGAUAAAUGUAUCGAAAAAUGUCCUAGUAGUUGUAAGGAAUGCAAAGUUAUUGAUGAUUAAUAGGUAUGUAUUUCUUGCGUUUAAUUUAAUGAUUCACAUUAUCACGUUUAUAAUGGAAGAUGCAUUUAAUGUCCUUAAAAUUGUAAUAUAUGUCAGCCAAGAACUGA